CUUGUUCCUCGGCGCGGGGAGCUUUUCACCUACAACGUCAACGCAGCAUCAGCUUCAGCUCAUGUGAAAGCUGCUGUAUUCUCUAGGUAUCACUGUUCCUUACUGUUAGUUGGACCGUUUCUUCUUCCAACUAUCUACGAACACAUUCUCUUCCCCAUGGUACACCUCUCACCGUACCUCAACACCCGACGCGAGGACAGCUUGAAUCGAAUCACACAGUCCUCGUAUACAUAGUAGGAGCUUGGCAGAGAUGGCGGACGGCCAGGAAGACAGCAUUUUUGGCGACGGAAACCUCUCGCAAAACCUUCCGUUGCAGGAAGUGAGUGCUGGCUCUAACGUAGCUGCUGCCACACCGCUACCGGCUUUGCCGACUCCCCGCUCUCAGCCUCCGCGAGAAGUUACGCAAAACGGGGCCGCUCAGACACAAGCGAAUCCUCCUCGACCAACGGGCCGUGAAGGCGUACUGUGGUCUCCAUAUAUGCUGAAUGAUCUAAUGAUGGCGGAAGCCGGGUCAUUCGUGCAGCCCGGCCCAGCAGGUUCUCAUGCACCGAUGGACGUGCACGCCCCUCUACAAGCGACAUCCAGUCAGUCCCAAGGAUACGUGCAGGCCGGCAGUUCUUCGUCUACACGAACACCCAUUCAUGGAUACCAACUCCAAAUAGGAGGAGGAUCUCGUCCGCAUGCCGGCGCCGGCCAUGGCCAGCUCGCCCCCGAUGCUCAGAUUACGACUGACGACACUCCCCUGUACACAUUAUUCCGACAGCUCCCACAAGAUCUGACGCAAAGAAUAACCGACUACGUCGAUACUCCGAGGCCAGUUCCACCAAGGUCCAUUACACGUAGGAACCAUGGGAGCAAUCGAACAUCUGGCCCAUCUCGGCCUGUGACACGGAGUUAUGCGGACGUGCUCCGGGGUAUUAUGCGCUCUCCCGAUGUAGUUGAGCGUUUAGAAGAGGUUUCCGGAGGUGACACGGGAUUCAUCCGUCCAAAUCCAUCUCUGAAUCAACAGCAAAGUGAGGAAGGUCGAAAUCGCAUGGCCGCUUUAAGAAACCUAAGCGCAACGGCUAUCCUCCUAUAUCAUGUGGGCGGCGCCAAUCAUGAAGCAAAUGACAUCUGGCCUAAUCUUCGCAAUCCGAUCCGCUGUCCAGUGCAGUAUCGUCCGAUAGAUAUCUCCCAACUGCGACCAGCUGUUCGAGGCGAGCGGAUAGAGGUCAUCUGGCCUCCGUUGAGUGAGACUCAAAACAACUCCAGCACGACAGCUCCUACGCCGGGCGUACAAUCCGGAAAGGCGCCCAAUAACUGCCCUGGCUGGCCUCCGGGGAGGAUGCCCACUGAAUUAUACGAACUGGUGGCAAGCUAUCUGAACCGAGACGACAUCAAGUCCAUGAGGCUAGUAUGUCGCGAGUUCGACCGGCACGUCUCACAAGUUCUGUUCAAAACGGUUGUUGUUCCGUUCAACGCGGAAAUCUACGGCAUGAUUCGCGAACAGAAGGCGGCCUUGAAUGGAAAGCUUGACGAUUUGUCAUGGUCCAACGGGGAAGACGAUUCCUACUACCUGGGGCAUGGCCUGAAUGUCUUCAAAGGGUUCGGGAAGCACAUCCUGCGGUUUGGGAUGAGCUUCGAGGUCAGCGAAGAGAUGUUGCAGAAUCUGCCGGAGAAGAAGGAGACGGAAUCCCGAACCAGUUUCUGGGGAACGUAUGAGUGGCCCUACGCGGAAUAUAAGAGAUUCGCUGCGAUAGCGGGUCUCGAAAAUACCGCCGACGAGACCCCAAAGAUGAAAACCGCCUUCUCUGAGCUCAAAAAGGUACAGGAGCUUGCAUUAUCUGUUGACUCCGGCCUUGGCUGGCUCAAUGGCCCUGAUCGGUCUUUACGCGCCCUCUUCAAACGGCGGUCCCCCAAGGUUUUCGGAUCCGACGCAACAGUACCCGACCGCCGGACGCAGGCACAAGAUGAGCUCUGGAGUUAUAUCGAAUCUUGUCAUCGAGAGAAGAAUCUCGAUCCAAAACGUGCUUGUCUUUACAAGAUGGACACAACCGGACUGUUCCUCAAUCCAGACCCGCUUGAUUAUCGUCCUUCAGCAGAACAGCCGCAGGUGCCUUAUUUUGAACCAUAUAUUCUCCGCGAAGCCAGUGACGCCACUGAUGAUGAUAAACUCAGCCUGGCUUCUCCAUUCGCUGGCACCGGCGUAUUGUUCACUGCUAACUCCGACCCGGAGAAUAGCCCGUCACGCGACUGGCCCGCACUGGCGCCCGCGCAGCUCACAAAAGCGCAGAAAGAAUGGCUAUUGGAAACGGAGUGGGCGCAGAAGGCAUUCCUGUUGUCAUAUAUGCUCGCUGUAAUCGACAACGCGACCACUUUCAAUCUGGUACAUACCCUGCAUAUCUCCCGCAUAUCUGACAGGUACCUCGAUUUGCUGGACCGAGCGGACUUCUGGGACGCGUUGCCCAACCUGAAGAAAGUCAUCUUGCGUGCGAUACCAACCUGGCGCACAGUGCGCACGGAUGAAGCAGGUUUUGCUAAGGACACCACUAUCGACCCCUCAGGCGGCGUAGACAGCUUCUACAACCUCUUGCAGAAACGGAUCUGUCCACGGCAUAUUUCUCAUUUGGGUGUUGGUUGGGCGACGGGCGGUGAACAUGCGGAAGGAGUGCAUGCCAGGAAUCAACAUCUCUUACCUGCGCCCCUUCUUCCUCGCCACCUGUGUACUUCGCUCAAUCAGAAGACUAUUGACUCAGGACUUCUUCUGUUUCCUUAUGUCGGAUCACUUACCCUCGAGAAUUGCUGGAUCAUGCCUUCCGUCUUGGAACAGUUCGUCAAACAGCACGACAGCCUGAACCUCGAGCACUUGGAACUGGACUCAGUGUCCCUCAUCCUGAUCCCCGAAGAUGGAAACGGCCAGAAUGCUCAAGCUGGCGGACCGCCACCCGUGCUCCAACAACUGGUCGACUCGUUGCGUGGACUGAUGCGGCAAGUUCAAGGGGUGAAGGAUGUCUUGGUGCGGCUCAGUGCCUUCGCUCAGGGCUCCACCCAGUUCUCCCUCACAGACGAUUGGCAGGGCCGAAUGACCCAGCUGCGAGCGCAGAUGUCUCGCCUCGGCCCGAUGAUUUGGCAAAUGCAGCCGCCGCUCCAAACGGCGCUGUUGCUCGCGUUCCACACUGUUAACAACUCGUAUGAGCAUCUCAGAACUCAGCAGCAGCGAGUGGAUUCUGGUCUUCGUCAAGGGUUCAGGUACUGGUCGGGCACGUCUGCGCAGCAGGCUCGAAAGAUCGAGGUCCAGGAGUACCAGCAACUCCUUCAACGACUGGGGUCAUGGUACCAGGAAACACAAAAUCUAAUGGCAAUGGUGCCUCAAGUAGGCAACGGUACGGACGCUAUCAACGCACAGGCGCAGCUGAGAGCACGACCCCGCGCCGGGUCGUGGCUGAGCGUGCUUGACUUCAUCUCGCCUGGGGUGAAUCUCGCCGACUACGGUUCCGAAUUCUCUCGAGCGGAUGCAGAGCGCGGGACGGCUCUAGAGAGCAUCUCUCUUCGGUCAUGCGGUUAUGCUAAGAUCUUUACAGCUGCCCUGAACGGGGGUGUCUUUGCGCGCCUUUUCAGAGAUCCAUUGCAACAGACCCGGAGGAUCAACCUACUGCCGGUGAUGUUGAACGGUGGGGCGUGGGAGCUGCUGGGCGAUAUUGUGCAGGACAUCAACGAAGAAGAGCUUGCAGCUUUGAACGCCGCUUGGGACCUGGUGACGGGGUGGGAGGAUGCCGAAGCGUCCGAGGGACCCGAAUAUGAUGGGUGGUUGCCGGGCGGGACGGGCAGGUUGACGGGCACUAUCCAGCGGCGACUGUCGGAUGACGAUGUUAUGGACUCGUCUUCCUAAGUCGCUGUGAACUGCGAACGGUAUGGCGCAAUCUGGGAUGGGUGAUACCUAGGUAUAUGCGUGGUUUCCUUCGGCACGGGAUAGACAUUUUUAGGCAUGGGAUGGGCACUUGCAUAUGGCUAAUGGAUAUAGGUAGGUAUGGCUCAUUGGCUGGGAGGGAAAUGCGUCUCAGGCGUUCAUGGUGGGAUGGGUAUGCGUUGCGGUCUUUAUUUGGUCUAUUGAGGGAGUGAGGGUUCAGCACUCCGGGCUCUAUCUCGUGCGGAUAUACGUCUCGCCGCAACGCGGAUAAUGGGGCUCUAUAGAGAACGAGGGGCUCAUCGGCGGAAAUGCACGCCGACUAACCAGGGGAGACCUUAUUGCUCCACCGUAUUAUUUUUUGACCUGCCUUGGGUAUCAUCCCUCCUUUUCUUCCCCUUAGAUGGUCUU